GCCAAUAAAUUUUGUUUUUUAAAUCGACUUCAUUGAAGUAUAAUUUACACACAAUAAAAUGCACACCUUUUAAAUGUAUUGAGGAGUUUUGACAACUAUAUGCCACCUGUAACGACUACCACCACAACCAAGGUAUUUCUGACAACCCAGGAGUUCUCUUGUCAGUUCUCAGUCAAUCCCCUUUGUCUACCUCUUGGCCCUAGGUAACUGCUGAUCUGAUUUCUAAAUGAUAGUUUUGCCUUUUCUUGAGUUUUGUAUAAGUGGAAUCAUACAGUAUCUAUCCUUUUAUGUAUGCCUUUUUUCAUUCAACAAAAUUAUCUUGAAAUUCAUCCAUGUUGACUAUCAAUAGUUCAUUGCAUUUCAUUCCUGAAUAGCAGUCUACUAUGGAUAUACCACAAUUUUUAAAUCAGUUCAUCUCUUAUUGAAACACUUGGGUUGUCCAGUUUGGGGCUCUUAUAAAUAGAGCUGCUAUGAAAUUCAUUUCCAGGGGGAUAUAUUUUUUCAUUUCUCCUAAAUGAGUGGAAGUUCUUGGUCCUAUGAUAAAUGUAUGUGUAACUUUGUAAGAAACUGCCACUGUAUGAAAAUUCUAGUUGUGUCACAUUCUUGCCAACAUUUUACAGCAAUAUAAAUGAAAACCUAAAUGAAAUAGACAAUUUUAUAAAAAGUAAUGAAUUACCAAAAUUGGUUGAAGGAAAAGUAGGGAACCUGAAAAGACUAAUAACCAUGCAAAGUAUUGAAAUGGUAAUCAAAGGUCAACCCCACCCUCCAAAGAUAUACUAUGAUCAAAGAGUUUUACUAGUGAAGUUCUACCAAAGUGUCCAGGAAUAGAUAAUUCCAUGUGUUGUUCAAAGUGAACAGAGAAAAAGAUAGCAGUUCAUUUUAUGAGGCUAUUACAACGUUGAUACCAACAUUUUGUAAGGAUAUCAUGAAAAAAAUCUGUAAUUUAAUAUCACUUCAAUCAAGGAAGCAAAAAUCCCACAUUAAGUAUGCUUUAAAAAAUAAGCAAUGCCAAACAUGAUCAAUAAGAGGUUAUAGUAGUAGGAAUGGUAGGAUGCUUUAACUUUAGAAAAAUCUAGCAAUAUCAUUUUUUGAGCUAACCAAUUAAAGGAUAAAACCAUAUGGUCAUCUGAAAAGAUGCACAAAAAGCAUUUAAUAAAAUUUCAACUCCUGUUCUUGAUUUUAAAACAUAUACAUACAACACGUAUACACAUACUCAAUAAACUGAACACAGAUAGGAAUUUCUGCGGGAAGCACAUAUUACUAGAAAAUCCAAGAAAAUCGACUGGCACUAUUUGAACCAAUUUGAGAGCUCAGCAGGGUGACUAAAUACACAAGAUUAACACUAAAAUCAAUACCUUCUCUACACACCAGCGUUAACUAAUUAGAAAAUAUAAUGGAAAAAAGAAAUACAUAUAAUAGUUCCAAAUAUAUUCUAGGAAUAAAACAACCAAAAAAUAAAUAAAGAAACCAGACCUUUAUGAGAAAAUCUAUAAAACUUUAUUCAAAGACAUUAUUUAAAAUCUCAGCCUCUUACUGUAUGUUUCCUUCCAAACACUUAAGAAAAACUGCGUUUUUAAAAACCAUGUUCUUUGAAACACUAAUGCCAUUUAAGAAUGGGGAAAACCCAAAUCAAAUCAUACUGGUGGUUUUCAUCAUCUUACCCGCCUCCCUCAUCCUUAGAUUGUAAACUUCUUGAGGGAAAAGAUCGUUAGUCGUGUUCCUCACUCUGUCCCCCCACCCAAUACCUUUCACAAUUCUCAGCACAGAUUUGGCCCCUUACAGUUCUAAAACAUCGAAGAAUCUGAAGCACUUGCUGGUCCUCUUUCUCUCUACCUAUUUUGAUGGAUGUUACGCAAUAAUAUACCGAAAUUGCUCCAAGUCUUCCAGGUGAUAAGACCUCCGCCAACGACUCAUGCCAGACAAUCAGAAUACUCCUCACCUGUGACCUCUCCCCGCCCCCACCCGCCCCCAAGGCCGCAAGAGGGGGAAUCUUACAGUCUCGGGCUGUUUUUCUCCUGGUGAGGCCAAUGCGCCUGCGCACCGUGCCCUGAUUGGCUGAGAGCUGCGGACCUGCGCGCGCAGGCCUCCACCUCGGUUACUAAAGAGCGUGAGCUGGACGAGGGCGGGUGAGGGUGGCACUGUCUCUGGCCCGCCUUGAGGCCUGUACCACGCCCGCCAUGCCUAACCGCAGGGCCACUCGCAAUUCCUACUAUUUCUUCGUGCAGGAGAAGAUCCCCGAACUACGGCGGAGAGGCCUGCCCGUGGCUCACGUCGCUGACGCCAUCCCCUACUGUUCCGCUGACUGGGCGCUCCUGAGGGAGGAGGAAAAGAAGAAAUAUGCAGAAAUGGCUCGAGAGUGGAGAGCCGCCCAGGGGAAGAACUCUGGGCCUUCGGAGAAGAAGAAACCUGUUUCCACCCCACUGAGGAGGCCAGGCAUGCUUGUACCAAAGCAGAAUGUUUCACCCCUGGAUAUGUCAGGCUUGUCUCUAAAAAGUGAUCAAGCUGUCCUUGGAGGCAUUUUUUAUUUUUUGAACAUUUUUAGCCAUGGCGAGCUACCUCCUCACUGUGAACAGCGCUUCCUCCCUUGUGAAAUAGGCUGUGUUAAAUAUUCUCUCCAAGAAGGUAUUAUGGCAGAUUUCCACAGCUUUAUAAAUCCUGGUGAAAUUCCACGAGGAUUUCGGUUUCAUUGUCAGGCUGCAAGUGAUUCUAGUCACAAGAUUCCUAUUUCAAACUUUGAAUCUGGGCGUGACCAAGCAAUGGUGUUACAAAACCUUUAUAGAUUCAUUCAUCCAAAUCCAGGGAACUGGCCACCUGUCUACUGCAAGUCUGAUGAUAGAGCCAGAGUCAACUGGUGUUUGAAGCAUAUGGAGAAGUCAUCAGAAAUCAGGCAAGAUCUAGAACUUCUCACUGUAGAGGAUCUUGUAGUAGGGAUCUACCAGCAAAAAUUUCUCAAGGAGCCCUCUAAGACCUGGGUUCGGAGCUUCCUAGAUGUGGCCAUGUGGGAUUAUUCUAGCAACACAAGGUGCAAGUGGCAUGAAGAAAAUGAUAUUGUCCUCUGUGCUUUAGCUGUUUGCAAGAAAAUUGCAUACUGCAUCAGUAAUUCUCUGGCCACUCUCUUUGGAAUCCAGCUCACAGAGGCUCAUGUACCACUUCAAGAUUAUGAGGCCAGCAAUAGCGUGACACCCAAAAUGGUUGUAUUGGAUGCAGGGCGUUACCAGAAGCUAAGGGUUCAGAGUCCAGGAUUCUCUCAUUUCAGCUCUUCUAAUCAGGAACAGAGAUCAAACACACCCACUGGUGACUCCCCAUCUGGGGUGAAAACAUCGGGCCAAAACAGCAGUGUUCGGGGAAGAGGGAUUACCCGCUUACUAGAGAGCAUCUCCAAUUCCUCCAGCAAUAUCCACAAAUUCUGCAACUGUGAGACUUCACUCUCACCUUACAUGUCCCAAAAAGAUGGAUCCAAAUCUUUCUCUUCCUUAUCUUAAUGAUGAUACUUUUUUCAAUUUCUGGAAGAACAACGGACCCGACUUCCGUUCUCACUACAGUCAUAUUAAACAGACCACAUCAACAAUAAAUGUCACUACUAUAAAAACUACUUAAUUUGUAAGGAAAUUCUGUUUUCAUAGAUUAAAAAUAAUUGUGGUUGGAGAAGAUCUUGGCAUUUUUGCUUUUUUCUUUAGGGCUUGUUCUACUUUCUGACUGUAUCAUGGGAAUGCCAUUGAAGUUUUGAGUCCUAUAAGAAUAAAACUAGCUUUUACAGAGUUGUGCUUUUGGGAAUAUUAUAUUUUGGUAUCUUUUCUCUACAAUAAAAGUAUUAAGUAUCUGUUAUGAAAGGUU